GCAAAAGCCUUCGAUUUCGUCCGAGAUAAGCUCGAAGCAAUUGCGCCAACUUUGGCCCUACCUAGUGCUUCGUCUUUGCUUCGUCCACCACGUCUUGGUGGUGCAUCGACGAGAGAUUCCAAGGACUCCAUAUCCACAGCCACGAUAACGAGGAAAACAGUACCAGAGAAGAAC